AAAGUGUCUUUGUCAUCACAGGAAUAAAUUAUAUUUGAAAAUGUAUUCAAAUAGAGUGUGUUUUAAAUUGAGAGGGUGUUUAAAAUUGUAAUAAUAUUUAACAAUAUUAUCGUUUUUACCAAAUUUUUAAUCACAUAAACGCAGCCUUGGAAAGAGUCUUCCUUAAUCAAAAUAUUAGUUAUUUCAUACUCAAUGAGAACAAUCACAAAACAAUUGUUCUGACCAGUAGCUUAUAAAAACACUGUGCCAAAUAUUGUGCCCCAACAAAAUACUUAUGGUUGAUUAAAAUGCUUUUUUAUUAUAUUUAUCAUAUAGGCGACUCUUGUCUGAAUAUGUUGUUGUGGAGUCAUUAUGCAGUCAUUCAUUGCCUUCACUUUAUUUACUUUGUAUAUACACAGAGAACACAGAGAAGCACUUUUCUGUAAACCCAAACCAGUUUGUGGCGAAUAACACUUCUGAAAACUUCUCAGUGUCUCCCAUACUAAGUUAAUUAAAACAAAAACAAACUCGUGUAAAUGUGUAUAAGACUAUUGUGGUGCAGAACACACAACCAGCAAACUCUCCUCCCCCUUGACGCACACCUAGCCAAUUGCCCAUUCAAGACACAGUGGCGAAUUACAGUUUGUUUAACCAUGUGCACUUGAGCCAGUAAAUAUCAUAACUCACAUUAUCACACUGGGCCAUCAACGCCUGCUGUCUCUAUAAAAUCACAUGUAAAAAGACAAAUUUAAUCGAUGUCAUUCGACACGUUAUGGGAAAGACAAAUGGACUGUUGAAAUAUUUUCAGUAAUAUGACCUGGGGACUGUGAACCGUAUUUAAGCGGCAGAAGACUUGUUUUUACAUAAGUUGAUGGCUUGAUUGCGCUCGCGGAUAUCAAGUCUGCCGCGCGCAAGAGAAGCUCAGUCUGCCGAGAGCGCGCGAGUCAGUUCGCGUGCAGAAGAGGAAACCUCAAAGGUCUUUUAUCGCAGCGCUCGUGUUUGUAGCUGAUUAUCACCGAAAAGGAGCCGAAACCACUCUUCAGGCGGACUGUCGUUGUGAAGUGCGCGGGGAAAAUGGAUCUGUAAAGGCGAGAUCUUUGCCUGUCAGUUGGUGUAAGUGUGGACGGAGGGGCUCCUGCAGGAGAUGGCAGCUCCGAUGGCUUCGGGACUCUGGUUUGUUGCACUCACCGUGGCGACUGUAUGGUGUGCAGAGGUGGAGGAACGUUUAGUGAACUAUUUACUCUCCCCUGACCGAUACAACAAGCUGAUCCGUCCAGCAGUCAACAAGAGUCAGCAGGUCACCAUUGCAAUCCAAGUGUCCCUUGCCCAGCUCAUCAGUGUGAACGAGAGAGAGCAGAUCAUGACCACAAACUGUUGGCUCACUCAGGUAUGGAAUGAUUACCGUUUGAUGUGGGAUCCGGAGGAGUAUGAAGGGAUGAGGAAAGUUCGUCUUCCCUCCCAGCAUAUAUGGCUGCCUGACAUUGUCCUGUACAACAAUGCUGACGGGACAUAUGAAGUGUCUUUCUACUCCAAUGCGGUCGUGUCAAAUAACGGUGAGGUUGCCUGGCUACCACCAGCCAUUUAUAAGAGUGCCUGUAAAAUUGAGGUCCGGGACUUCCCCUUUGACCAGCAAAACUGCACACUCAAGUUCCGCUCAUGGACUUAUGACCACACAGAAAUCGACCUCAUCUUGCUGUCGGACUUUGCGAGCCGAGAUGACUUCAAGCCAAGUGGCGAAUGGGAUAUCGUGUCCUUGCCUGGUCGCAAAAACGAAGACCCGAAUGACGCCACAUAUUUGGAUAUAACGUAUGAUUUUAUCAUCAGACGCAAACCGCUGUUCUACACCAUUAAUUUAAUCAUCCCAUGUGUUCUCAUCACUUCACUGGCUAUCUUGGUUUUUUACCUCCCGUCAGACUGUGGGGAGAAGAUGACUUUGUGUAUCUCUGUUCUUCUGGCCUUAACUGUGUUCCUCUUGCUUAUUUCCAAAAUCGUACCGCCGACCUCACUCGCUGUGCCCCUCAUUGGAAAGUACUUGAUGUUCACCAUGGUCUUGGUGACUUUUUCAAUUGUUACAAGUGUGUGUGUGCUAAAUGUGCACCAUCGUUCUCCAAGCACACACACUAUGCCCAAGUGGGUCAAGUACUACUUCCUGUUCCGUUUGCCUGGUUUCCUAUUCAUGCGACGGCCGGGAGAGUCCAACAAACAUGAGAAAUUUCACAGGAAGCACCAGCAGUGCUCUUCAUCUGAUCUCCCAGCAAAGAGCGAGGCGGAUGAGACCGAUUCCACCUUCUUUGUCAAUGAAGAUGCCAAGCACAUUGGUUGGAGAUCUGGGGAGUUGCAGGAAAAUGCAGAAUUUCGUAAGCGAAUGGCGGUUAAGUGCUCUGCAGACGUGGAGGAGGCUGUGAAAGGGGUCCGAUAUAUCGCUGACAAGUUGAAGAAUGAGGAUGAUGAUGAAGGGAUUAUCGAGGACUGGAAAUAUGUGGCUAUGGUGAUCGACCGUCUGUUUCUGUGGAUCUUUGUUUUAGUAUGUGUUGCUGGAACCGUCGGCCUCUUUAUGCAGCCGCUCUUCAAGAGCUAUAACACACCCACCACUGAUGAUUUGUAGAUCACAUAAAGGAAAACCAUUUUCAACCCAACCCAUAUGGCUGUUUAUUUUCAGUGCACAACAUAGUCUUAUCGCAAACUUAACAUGACAACCUUCUUAUUUCAGUAAAUACUGUAGCAAAAAGCCCAACAAUAGACCUCAAACCUGACACAUUUCAUGAAGUGUUAAGCUCUGUGUGCCAUUCAAUACACAAUGUCACAAAAGUCUUAGAUGCUGUUGAGUCAGAGCACAAUACUGGACACACACGGAAUAUUUAGCUUCCCUAACACUGACCCGAACUCAAAAACCCUUCAGAGCUGUCAUUCAACCACUACAUUUAGCCCUGGAGGCUCUAACCUCUCAUAGAAAGUGAAGCUCAAAAUCCCAAAAUGGCUCUAAACCAGCUUUCCCCUUGACUUGAUUUACAUAUUCUGUUUUUCUGAAAUUUCCAAAUGCUUGUGUGCAGGACGCAUUCAGAUCUGCACAGUUCUGCAUACAAAACGUGUUUACAUUAGAGAAACCCGUCAUAGACUAAUGUGUUUAAGGUGCUUUUACACAUCAGGACUAUAGUACCGUGUCUUUAAAACAGUCCACGGUCCAAGCUCAAUAGCAACGUGGGUAUUUAUUUUAAGUGGAAUAAUAAACUUUUUACUGGAAUAUAGAUCUUACACCUUGACAUACCAUACACAUGUGCAUGCACUGUUCUGUAAUACACAUUUUCACAUCAUUUUCCCUCUUAUCAUACUUAGAUUGGUUUAAACAUUACAUGAACAGCAUCUUACAGCAGCAUUUUGAUUGACCUUUACAGUCAGAUUUUUGAACAUGUGCUGUUGUUGGAAUGAUUGACGAGUACUUCAUAUAUAAUUAUUAUCAUAAUGUUAUUUUAUUAUGAUGGUUAUGUGAUGUAUUAAGAAAAUAAAUUAAAACCAUACAAUGUU